GUUGCUAGGAGCGCGUUGUCACGGACGCCGCUGGGCGCCGGCUCCGUCUGCCCGGCGCUGCGCCAUGGACGACUUGCGGGUGCUGUGGAUGCGCGACCGUGUGUACACGGCCUUCGGCCUCAGCGACCCGCAGAUCUUCGAGGAGCUGCUGAACCGCAACGAUGGCGAGGGCGAGGACACCGUCCUGCACUUCCUCAACCAGCGGAGCGACGAGGAGGGCGCCGCCACGCUCUUCUUCUACCUCACCGUGGUGCCCGAGGAGGUGGAGGUGGAGAUGGAAAUCGAGACACCUACUGACUUCGAAGAGGAAGACGCGGAAGAAGAGACAGCUUACCAGAGACUGUACUAUGCGGAUAAGGAUAAAUCGGUUUAUCAGAAAGCGGACUAUGCGGAUAAGGAUAGAUCGGCUUAUCAGAAAGUGGACUACGCAGAUAAGGAUAGAUCGGCUUAUCAGAGAGUGGACUACGCAGAUAAGGAUAGAUCAGCUUAUCAGAGAGCGGACUACGUGGAUAGGGAUAGAUCUCGAGGGAAGAGUAUUGUGCAGAAAAGUGCUUCUGUUGGUCAACGUUUAACCAGCCUAGACAAUGAAGACAUAGACAAAGAGACUUCAGAAAAACUCCCCACCAAAAGGCUUGUGCAGAUCAUCGUGGACAAGGUGUACCUCCACAUGCUGUGCACGCCUGUUCCUGAGGAGUUUCUGGACCAGAACAUAGUAUUUUUUCUCCGAAAUACCAAAGAGGCGGUCGCCGAAGCUACUGACAUGAAGGAGGCGAUGGAAAUGAUGCCUGAAACGCUGGAGUAUGGAAUCAUAAAUGCUCACGUGCUUCAUUUCCUGAGGGAUAUCAUAUGUCAGGUUUUCUUGCCAGCGUUGUCCUUCAAUCAGCACAAGAUGGACUCGACCCUGGGCCAGGCACCUAGAGAGUUCUCUGAUGCCUCUAGGUUUGACAUGGACCUCCCCAGCGUGCCCGGGGAGCCCGUGGAGUACCACAGCAUCCAGUUAAUACGGGAUGAAUUUUUAAUGAACCUUCAGAAAUUUGCAAACGGUAUUCAAAGAACCGUGCAGCAACUGGAAGGUGAGAUCAAGUUGGAAAUGCCGAGCAUCAGUGUGGAGGGAGAGCUGUCUGACCUGGCAGCUGACGCGGAGAUCGUUGAGCUCUUGGAGCAAUGUGUGAUAAACUGGCUGAGCCAGAUAUCUGCUGCUGUCCAGGACCAGCUGAAGAAGACGCCUCAGGGUCAUGGCCCUCUGGCUGAAAUUGAAUUCUGGCGGGAAAGAAAUGCAACCUUGAGUGCGCUUCAUGAACAAACAAAGCUGCCAGUGGUCAGGAAAGUCUUGGAUGUGAUCAGGGAGGCGGACUCCAUGAUCAUGGCCAACGUGCAGCCCGUGCUCACCGAGCUGUUCAAGCUCCACACGGAGGCCUCGGACAACGUGCGCUUCCUGUCCACCGUGGAGCGCCAUUUCAAGAACAUAACGCACGGCUCGAGCUUCCACGUGGUCCUGGACACCAUCCCGUCCAUGAUGAGCGCCCUGCGGAUGGUGUGGAUCAUCUCCCGGCACUACAACAAGGACGAGAGGAUGAUCCCGCUCAUGGAACGCAUCGCCUGGGAGAUCGCCGAGCGCGUCUGCAAGGUGGUCAACCUGCGGACUCUGUUCCGAGAAAACCGAACGAGCGCCCAGCACAAAACCUUGGAGGCCAAGAACACACUCAAGCUGUGGAAGAAAGCCUACUUUGACAUCCGGGCCAAGAUUGAGGCCUCGGGGAGAGAGGCUCGAUGGGAGUUUGACCGGAAGCGGCUAUUCGAGAGGACAGAUUACAUGGCCUCCAUCUGCCGGGACCUGUACGAAGUUCUCCAGGUCAUGGAGGAAUUUUACAACAUAUUUGGUCCAGAACUCAAGGCUGUGACAGGGGAUCCCAAGCGCAUUGACGACGUCCUGUGCCGAGUGGAUGGCCUGGUGGCCCCCAUGGAAACCCUGACCUUUGACCCCUUCAGCAUCAAGUCCUCCCAGUACUGGAAAUACGUGAUGGAUGAGUUCAAGAUUGAAGUUCUGGUUAUUGAGAAAGAAGCAAAAAAUUUUAUUGAUGAAUCUUUUAAGACACUUCGAUCAGCUGAAGCAGCAUUUGACAUGCUUUUAAAAUUUAAGCAUAUUCGUUCACGGGAGGCUGUUAAUCGGCAGAUGAUGAUGAAGUUUAAUGAUAUUCUUGCGCAGUACUGCAAAGAGAUUGACAUCGUUAAUAAGCUCUUCGUCCAGAACCAGGAAAACCCGCCGCUGUAUAAGAACCUGCCCCCCGUGGCGGGCGCCAUCUGCUGGGAGCGGUCCCUGUUCUAUCGAAUCAAGCACACCAUCUUGAGAUUUCAAGAAGUGGAGGAGAUACUGGAAGGUGACCGAGGACAGGAAGUAAAAGAUAAAUAUUUGGAGGUGGGCAGGACGAUGAAGGACUAUGAAGACAGAAAGUACGAGCUGUGGAGGGACACCACGGAGCAGGUCCUCCCGAACCUCAUGAAGAAGAGUCUCCUGACCAAGCUGUCCUCCGCUGUCGCUCUCGACGAGCCUUCCGCUUCGGAGAGGGGGAUUGUGUUUGCAAUCAAUUUUUCACCUGCGCUCAAAGAAAUUAUUCAUGAAACAAAGUACCUGGAACAGCUGGGGUUCGUUGUCCCUGAAUUAGCAAGAAAUGUUGCUCUCCAGGAAGACAAAUUCCUUAGGUACACAGACGGGAUACAGCGUAUGCUGGAUCACUAUCACACGCUCAUCGGAACAUUAAACGAGGCAGAGACUAUUCUUCUUGAAGAUCAUGCCCAGGAAUUAAUCCGGGUGUUUAGGUCUGGAUAUAAGAGGCUGAACUGGAACUCACUAGGUAUUGGCGACUACCUCACUCGGUGCAAACAGGCCAUCGGGAAAUUCGAGUCUCUCGUGCACCAGAUCCACAAGAAUGCAGAUGACAUUUCUUCCAGGCUCACGUUAAUAGAGAGCAUGAACCUCUUUAAAUAUCCAGCACCCAAAAGCGAGGAAGAGCUGCCAGGCGUGAAGGAAUUCUUUGAGCACAUCGAUCGAGAACGGGCCCGAGACGUGGACCACAUGGUCCGGUGGUAUCUUGCCAUCGGACCUCUGCUGACCAAAGUGGAGGGUCUCGUCGUCCACACCAACACGGGCAAGUCCCCCAAGCUGGCCUCCUACUACGAGUACUGGGAAAAUAGGAUUUACGAGGUCCUGACGAAGCUCGUCUUCAAGAAUUUGCAGUCUUUUAACACGUUAAUCCUUGGCAAUGUCCCUCUGUUCCAAACGGAGACCAUUCUGACCGCUCCAGAGAUCAUCCUGCACCCCAACGCCAACGAGAUCGACAAAAUGUGCGUCCACUGCGUCCGCAACUGCGUGGAGGUCACCAAGCAUUUUGUGCGAUGGAUGCAUGGCAGCUGCAUCGAAUGCCCUCCUCAGAAGGGGGAGGAAGAAGAAAUUGUCAUAGUGAGCUUUUACAGUGACAUUUCUGUGACUCCUCAGAUAAUUGAACAAGCUGUUAUGAUCCCCCAAAACGUUCACAGGAUUCUGGUCAAUCUCAUGAAGUACCUACAGAAAUGGAAGCGGUACCGACCCCUCUGGAAGUUGGAUAAAGCUAUCGUGAUGGAGAAAUUUGCUGCCAAGAAACCCCCUUGUACAGCAUAUGAUGAGAAGUUGCAGUUCUACUCCAGAAUAGCCAGUGAGGUCAUGCGCUACCCUUUAACUAAGGACGAGCACUGCAUUAGGCUGCAGCUUGGGCCUCUGGCAAACACAGUGCAGGAAAAUGCCAAGUCCUGGGUGGUUUCCCUUGGAAAACUUCUCAACGACUCGGCAAAGGAGGAGCUCUACAGUCUCCAUGAAGAGAUCGAGCACUUGUCCAAAAACCUUAAGAAGAGCCCUAGUACCCUUGAGGAUCUCAAGUUUGUCCUUGCCACAAUUGCAGAAAUUAGAAGUAAAUCUUUAGUCAUGGAGUUAAGAUACAAGGAUGUCCAGGAGCGAUACCGUACCAUGGCAAUCUAUAACCUUUUUCCUUCUGAUGCAGAGAAAGAACUCGUUGAGAAUAUUGAGAACAUGUGGUCCAGUCUGUUUAACGAGUCAGUGAAUGUGGAACAUUCUCUUGGGGGUAUAAAGAGAACUUUCACAGAGAUUACUCGAGGUGAAAUAGCCAACUUCCGAGCUCUGAUAGAGGAGUUUGCAAGACGUUUUUAUAGCGAAGGGCCUGGUUCUGUUGGUGAGGAGCUCGAUAAAGGAGUGGACCUUCUAGGCCAGUUUGAGAAGGAGCUGGCCAGACACGAGAAGAGCCGCCAGGAGCUGGCCAACGCUGAGAAGCUCUUCGACCUUCCCAUCACGAUGUACCCGGAGCUGCUCAAAGUGCAGAAGGAGAUGAACGGCUUGAAGAUGAUUUACGAGCUCUACGGGAACCUGAAGGUUGCAAAGGAAGAGUGGUCUCAGACCCUCUGGGCCAACCUGAACGUGCAGUUUCUCCAGGAAGGAAUUGAAGGUUUUCUCAAGUCUCUCAGAAAGCUGCCCCGGGCGGUCCGCGGCCUGUCGGUGGCCUACCAUUUGGAAGUGAAAAUGAAGGCGUUCAAAGACUCCAUUCCUUUACUUCUCGACUUGAAACACGAGGCACUAAGAGACAGGCACUGGAAAGAGCUGAUGGAGAAAACAGGCGUCUUUUUUGAAACGACCGACACGUUCACCUUGGAGAAUAUGUUUGCGAUGGAACUGCACAAGCACACGGACGUUCUCAAGGAGAUUGUCACCGCGGCUAUCAAGGAGGUCGCCAUCGAGAAGGCUGUGAAGGAAAUCCUGGACACGUGGGAAAACAUGAAAUUCACCGUGGUCAAGUAUUACAAAGGCACGCAGGAGCGAGGCUACAUUUUGGGCUCUGUUGAUGAAAUUAUUCAGUCCCUUGAUGACAACACUUUCAACCUGCAAAGCAUCUCAGGAAGCAGAUUCGUGGGGCCUUUUCUGCAAACUGUUCACAAAUGGGAAAAAACCCUUUCUCUAAUUGGGGAAAUUAUUGAGAUUUGGAUGUUGGUUCAGAGGAAAUGGAUGUAUCUCGAAAGCAUUUUUAUUGGCGGAGAUAUAAGGUCACAACUUCCGGAUGAGGCAAAGAAGUUCGACAACAUCGACAGAAUCUUUAAAAGGAUCAUGGGCGAGACUCUGAAGGACCCCGUGAUCAAGCGCUGCUGCGAGGCCCCGAACCGCCUGCACGACCUGCAGAACAUCGGCGAGGGCCUGGAGAAGUGCCAGAAGAGCCUGAACGACUACCUGGACUCGAAGAGGAACGCUUUCCCGAGGUUCUUCUUCAUCUCCGACGACGAGCUGCUCAGCAUCUUGGGCAGCAGCGACCCGCUGUGCGUGCAGGAGCACAUGAUAAAGAUGUACGACAACAUCGCCUCGCUGAGGUUCCACGACGGGGACAGCGGGGAGAAGCUGGUGUCGGCGAUGAUCUCAGCGGAAGGCGAAGUCAUGGAGUUCCGGAAGAUCAUCCGGGCUGAGGGCCGGGUGGAGGACUGGAUGACGGCCGUGCUGAACGAGAUGAGGAGGACCAACCGACUCAUCACCAAGGAGGCGAUUUUCAGAUACUGCGAGGACAGAAGCAGAGUCGACUGGAUGCUCCUGUACCAGGGCAUGGUGGUGCUGGCCGCCAGCCAGGUGUGGUGGACCUGGGAGGUGGAGGACGUCUUCCGCAAGGUGCAGGAAGGGGAGAAGCAGGCCAUGAAGAACUACGGCCGGAAAAUGCACCGGCAGAUCGACGAGCUGGUGACGCGCAUCACGAUGCCCUUGACCAAAAACGACAGGAAGAAAUACAACACCGUCCUCAUCAUCGACGUGCACGCCAGAGACAUCGUGGACUCCUUCAUCAGAGGCAGCAUUCUCGAAGCCCGGGAGUUCGAGUGGGAGAGCCAGCUGCGGUUUUACUGGGACCGAGAGCCCGACGAGCUGAACAUCCGGCAGUGCACGGGCACCUUCGGCUACGGCUACGAGUACAUGGGCCUGAACGGGCGGCUGGUCAUCACGCCCCUCACCGACCGCAUCUACCUGACGCUCACCCAGGCCCUGUCCAUGUAUCUGGGCGGUGCCCCUGCCGGCCCGGCGGGCACCGGCAAGACUGAGACCACCAAGGACCUGGCGAAAGCCCUGGGCUUGCUCUGCGUCGUCACCAACUGCGGCGAAGGCAUGGAUUACAAAGCCGUGGGGAAGAUCUUCUCCGGCCUCGCGCAGUGCGGGGCUUGGGGCUGCUUUGACGAGUUCAACCGGAUCGACGCCUCCGUGCUCUCGGUCAUCUCGUCUCAGAUCCAGACGAUCCGGAACGCUCUGAUGCAUCAGUUAACCACGUUCCAGUUUGAAGGGCAGGAGAUCGCGCUGGACUCCCGGAUGGGCAUCUUCAUCACCAUGAACCCCGGCUACGCGGGCCGCACGGAGCUGCCCGAGUCGGUGAAGGCCCUGUUCAGGCCGGUGGUGGUGAUCGUGCCGGACCUGCAGCAGAUCUGCGAGAUCAUGCUCUUCUCCGAGGGCUUCCUCGGGGCCAAGGUGGGCUCCGCUUCCAGGCCGGGGCGCGGGGCCGGGGACGCUGCGUGGCUCUUCAAGUAUUUUUUUGCUUUGUUUCUCUCCCUACCACUUCUUAUUAAUUUAAAAUACAUAAAGCUUCGCUUUACACCGUGUAAGAGGGUUCCCAGGCUGGAGCCUGGCAACCCCGUGUCUCGCUCCCCCCAGGACGUGGUGCUGAUGAGGGCCCUCCGGGACAUGAACCUGCCCAAGUUCGUGUUUGAGGACGUGCCUCUCUUCCUCGGCCUGAUUUCCGACCUGUUCCCGGGGCUCGACUGCCCGCGGGUCCGCUACCCCGACUUCAACGACGCCGUGGAGCACGUGCUGGAGGAGAACGGCUACGUGGUGCUGCCCGUGCAGGUGGAUAAAGUGGUUCAGAUGUUCGAGACCAUGCUGACCCGCCACACGACAAUGGUGGUGGGGCCCACGGGCGGGGGCAAGUCCGUGGUCAUUAACACCCUGUGUCAGGCCCAGACCAGGCUUGGGAUAACGACCAAGUUGUACAUCCUGAACCCCAAAGCUGUGAGCGUCAUAGAGCUCUAUGGCAUCCUGGACCCCACCACCCGCGACUGGACCGAUGGGGUGUUGUCGAACAUCUUCAGGGAAAUCAACAGGCCGACGGAUAAGAAGGAGCGAAAGUACAUUUUGUUUGAUGGUGACGUGGACGCCCUGUGGGUGGAAAACAUGAAUUCUGUGAUGGACGACAACAGGCUGUUGACCUUGGCCAACGGGGAGCGCAUUCGGCUUCAAGCGCACUGCGCCCUACUCUUUGAGGUUGGAGAUUUGCAGUACGCCUCCCCUGCAACUGUCUCUCGAUGUGGGAUGGUUUAUGUGGAUCCUAAAAACUUGAAAUAUGAACCAUACUGGAAAAAAUGGGUUAAUGAAAUACAAAACAAGGUGGAGCAAAACAACUUAGACGGCCUCUUCCAGAAAUACGUGCCCUACCUCAUCACCGUGAUCGUGGAAGGGAUAGUGGACGGGAAACAGGGCGAGAAGCUGAAGACGAUCGUGCCUCAGACGGACCUGAACAUGGUGACUCAGUUAACCAAGAUGCUGGAUUCGUUACUAGAAGGAGAGAUCGAGGACCCCGAGCUGCUAGAGUGCUACUUCUUGGAGGCCCUGUACUGCUCUCUGGGCGCCGCCCUGCUCGAGGACGGAAGGGUCAAAUUUGACGAAUGCAUUAAAUGCAUGGCUUCUUUGCCUACCGCUGACACAGAAGGGGUCUGGGCCAAACCCGGGGAAUUGCCAGGUCACCUGCCCACCCUGUACGACUUCCACUUCGACAGCGCGCGCAGCCAGUGGAUCCCGUGGAGUAAGCUAGUCCCAGAGUACGUCCACUCUCACGAGAGGAAGUUCAUCGACAUCCUGGUUCACACAGUGGACACCACCCGGACUACCUGGAUAUUGGGACAGAUGGUUAAAAUUAAGCACCCUGUUAUUCUUGUUGGUGAAUCUGGCACUUCUAAGACAGCCACUACCCAGAACUUCCUCAGAAAUCUGAACGAAGAAACGAACAUCGUGUUAACGGUCAACUUCUCCUCCCGCACCACAUCCCUGGACAUCCAGAGAAAUCUAGAGGCAAAUGUGGAAAAGCGAACCAAAGACACUUAUGGGCCACCCAUGGGCAAGCGCCUGCUGGUGUUCAUGGACGACAUGAACAUGCCCAAGGUGGACGAAUACGGCACCCAGCAGCCGAUUGCCUUGCUGAAGCUGCUGCUGGAGAAAGGCUACCUGUACGACCGCGGGAAGGAGCUGAACUGCAAGAGCAUUCGCGACCUUGGCUUCAUCGCUGCCAUGGGGAAAGCCGGCGGAGGCCGCAACGAGGUCGACCCGAGGUUCAUUUCGCUGUUCAGUGUCUUCAACGUGCUGUUCCCUUCAGAGAAGUCUUUGCAUUUGAUUUACUCCUCCAUCCUGAGAGGCCAUACCUCGACAUUUCACGAGAGCAUCAUGGCUGUGAGUGACAAGCUGACGUCCUGCACAUUAACACUCUACGAAGACAUCGUUCAGGACCUACCUCCCACUCCUUCCAAGUUCCAUUACAUCUUCAACCUGCGCGAUCUCUCCCGGGUCUUUAAUGGUCUUGUCCUCACUAACCCAGAGAGGUUCCAGACGGUGGCCCAGAUGGUGAGGGUCUGGAGGAACGAGUGCCUGAGAGUCUUCCACGACCGGCUGAUCAAUGAAAUAGACAAGCAGCUGGUGCAAGACCACAUAAGAAGCUUGGUGACGGAACAUUUUCCCGACGACCUGGAGACGGUGAUGAGGGACCCCAUACUGUUCGGAGACUUCCGGAUGGCCCUGCACGAGGAGGAGCCGCGUGUGUACGAAGACAUCCAGGACUACGAGGCGGCCAAGGCGCUGUUCCAGGAAAUCCUUGAGGAGUAUAACGAAAGCAACACCAAGAUGAACUUGGUUCUCUUUGACGACGCUUUGGAGCAUCUGACCCGCGUGCACCGCAUCGUCCGCAUGGACCGCGGCCACGCCCUGCUGGUGGGUGUCGGGGGCUCGGGCAAGCAGUCGCUGGCGCGCCUGGCCGCCUAUACCGCCGGCUGCGAGGUGUUCGAGAUCAUGCUGAGCCGCGGCUACGCAGAGAACAAUUUCCGGGAUGACCUGAAGAACCUCUAUCUGAAACUUGGGAUCGACAACAAAAUGAUGAUCUUCUUGUUCACGGACGCGCACGUGGCCGAGGAGAGCUUCCUGGAGCUCAUCAACAACAUGCUGACCUCAGGAAUCGUGCCUGCGCUUUUCCCCGAGGAGGAGAAGGAGUCCAUCCUCAGCCAGGUCGCACAGGAGGCCGUGAAGGCGGGCAUGGGGCCGGCCAAGGAGUCCGUGUGGCAGUUCUUCGUGAACAAAAGCGCAAACAACCUGCACAUCGUCCUGGGCAUGUCGCCCGUGGGGGACACCCUGAGGACCCGGUGCAGGAACUUCCCAGGUCUGGUAAACAACACUGGUAUUGACUGGUUCAUGCCCUGGCCUCCCCAAGCCCUGCAUGCGGUGGCUAAGUCAUUUCUAGGGGAUAACCAGAUGAUUCCGCCGGAAAACACGGAAGACCUGGUAGAGCACGUUGUCCUGGUUCACGAAUCCGUGGGGCAGUUCAGCAAACAAUUCCUGCAGAAACUGAGACGCAGCAACUACGUGACUCCCAAGAACUACCUCGAUUUUAUUAACACCUACUCGAAAUUACUGGAUGAGAAAACUCAGUAUAAUAUAGCCCAGUGCAAGCGUCUGGAGGGCGGCCUGGACAAGCUGAAGGAGGCCGCCAUCCAGCUGGACGAGCUGAACCAGAAGCUGGCCGAGCAGAAGAUCGUGCUGGCGGAGAAGUCGGCCGCCUGUGAGGCCCUGCUGGAGGAGAUCGCCACCAACACCGCCAUAGCGGAGGAGAAGAAGAAGCUCGCGGAAGAGAAGGCCAUGGAGAUAGAGGAGCAGAACAAGAUCAUUGCGGUGGAGAAGGCCGAGGCCGAGGCGGCCCUCGCCGAGGUCAUGCCCAUCCUGGAGGCCGCCAAGCUGGAGCUGCAGAAGCUGGACAAGUCGGACGUGACGGAGAUCAGGUCGUUCGCCAAGCCCCCGAAGCAGGUGCAGACGGUCUGCGAGUGCAUCCUCAUCAUGAAAGGGUACAAAGAGCUCAACUGGAAAACCGCCAAGGGCAUGAUGUCCGACCCAAAUUUCCUGCGGUCUCUGAUGGAGAUCGAUUUCGACUCCAUCUCCCAGGGCCAGGUGAAGAAUAUCAAAGGCCUCCUGAAGACUCUGAACACCACCAUCGAAGAAAUGGAAGCCGUGAGCAAGGCCGGGCUGGGGAUGCUGAAGUUCGUGGAGGCCGUGAUGGGCUACUGUGACGUCUUCCGAGAGAUCAAGCCCAAAAGAGAGAAGGUGGCCAGGCUGGAGCGGAAUUUCUUCCUGACGAAGCGGGAGCUGGAGCGGAUCCAGAACGAGCUGGCGGCCAUCCAGAGGGAGCUGGAGGCGCUGGGCGCCAAGUACGAGGCGGCCAUCCUGGAGAAGCAGAAGCUGCAGGAGGAAGCCGAGAUCAUGGAGAGGCGGCUGAUCGCCGCGGACAAGCUCAUCUCGGGCCUCGGGUCUGAGAACACCAGGUGGACGAACGACCUGGAGGAGCUGAAGCACCGGCGCGUCAAGCUGCUGGGGGACUGCCUGCUCUGCGCCGCCUUCCUGAGCUACGAGGGCGCCUUCACCUGGGAGUUCCGCAACGAGAUGGUCAACGAGAUCUGGCAGAACGACAUCCUGGAGCGGGAGAUCCCCCUGAGCCAGCCCUUCCGCCUAGAGAGCCUGCUCACCGACGACGUGGAGAUCAGCAGGUGGGGCUCCCAGGGGCUGCCCCCCGACGAGCUGUCGAUUCAGAACGGCAUCCUCACCACGCGGGCCAGCCGCUUCCCGCUCUGCAUCGACCCCCAGCAGCAGGCGCUCAACUGGAUCAAGAGGAAGGAAGAGAGGAACAACCUGCGGGUUGCUUCCUUCAAUGACCCCGACUUCCUCAAGCAGCUGGAGAUGUCCAUAAAGUACGGGACUCCUUUCCUGUUCCACGACGUCGACGAAUACAUCGAUCCUGUGAUUGAUAACGUCUUGGAGAAGAACAUAAAGUUCUCCCAGGGACGGCAGUUUAUCAUCCUGGGAGACAAGGAAGUCGACUACGACUCGAAUUUCAGGCUGUACCUGAACACCAAGCUGGCCAAUCCCAGAUACGGCCCGUCCGUGUUUGGGAAAGCCAUGGUGAUCAACUACACCGUGACGCUCAAGGGCCUGGAGGACCAGCUGCUGAGCGUGCUGGUGGCCUACGAGAGGCGGGAGCUGGAGGAGCAGCGGGAGCACCUCAUCCAGGAGACCAGCGACAACAAGAACCUGCUCAAGGACCUGGAGGACUCGCUCCUGCGGGAGCUGGCGACCUCCACGGGGAACAUGCUGGACAACGUGGAGCUGGUGCAGACCCUGGAGGAGACCAAGUCCAAGGCCACAGAGGUGUCGGAGAAGCUCAAGCUGGCGGAGAAGACGGCCUUGGACAUCGACCGGCUGCGGGACGGCUACCGGCCGGCCGCCAGGAGGGGGGCCAUCCUGUUCUUCGUCCUGUCGGAGAUGGCCCUGGUGAACUCCAUGUACCAGUACUCCCUCACCGCCUUCCUGGAGGUCUUCGGCUUGUCCCUGAAGAAGUCGCUGCCUGACUCCAUUCUCUUGAAGCGGCUGAAGAACAUCAUGGACACGCUGACCUUCAACAUCUACAACUACGGCUGCACCGGGUUGUUUGAGAAGCACAAGCUACUCUUUUCUUUUAAUAUGACUAUCAAGAUAGAACAAGCAGAAGGGAGAGUCCCCCAGGAAGAAUUAGAUUUCUUUUUAAAAGGAAACAUCUCACUGGAGAAAAGCAAAUGGAAAAAGCCCUGUGGGUGGCUGUCCGACCAGGGCUGGGAAGAUAUCAUCCUCUUGUCAGAAAUGUUUUCAGAAGACUUCGGGCGACUUCCUAGUGAUGUUGAGGAUAAUCACACGGUCUGGCAGGAGUGGUAUGACGUGGACUCACUCGAGCAGCUUCCGUUCCCCUUGGGUUAUGACAAACACAUCACCGCCUUCCAGAAGUUGCUUAUUUUGCGCUGUUUCCGUGUGGAUCGCGUGUACCGGGCAGUGACCGACUACGUGACCGUGACAAUGGGAGAGAAGUACGUGCAGCCGCCGAUGAUCAGCUUCGAGGCCAUCUUCGAGCAGAGCACGCCAAACUCGCCCAUCGUGUUCAUCCUCAGUCCCGGCUCGGACCCCGCCAGCGACCUCAUGAAACUGGCCGAGCGCAGCGGCUUUGGAGGAAACCGCCUCAAGUUCCUUGCGAUGGGUCAAGGUCAGGAAAAGGUGGCCCUGCAGCUGCUGGAGACGGCGGUGGCUCGCGGGCAGUGGCUGAUGCUGCAGAACUGCCACCUCCUGGUCAAGUGGCUGAAGGACCUGGAGAAGUCCCUGGAGCGGAUCACCAAGCCCCACCCUGACUUCCGCCUGUGGCUCACCACGGACCCCACGCGGGGCUUCCCCAUCGGGAUUCUGCAGAAGUCCUUAAAGGUUGUCACGGAGCCGCCCAACGGGCUGAAGCUGAACAUGAGGGCCACGUACUUCAAGAUCUCGCACGAGAUGCUGGAGCAGUGCCCGCACCCGGCCUUCAAGCCGCUGGUCUACGUGCUGGCGUUCUUCCACGCCGUGGUGCUGGAGCGCAGGAAGUUCGGCAAGAUCGGCUGGAACGUGUACUACGACUUCAACGAGUCCGACUUCCAGGUCUGCAUGGAGAUUCUGAACACGUACCUCACGAAAGCCUUCCAGCAGCACGACCCCAGGAUCCCGUGGGGCAGCCUCAAGUACCUCAUUGGCGAGGUCAUGUACGGAGGACGGGCCAUCGACAGCUUUGACCGCCGCAUCCUGACCAUCUACAUGGACGAGUACCUGGGAGACUUCAUCUUCGAUACUUUCCAGCCCUUCCAUUUCUUCUGGAACAAGGAAGUGGACUACAAAAUCCCUCCUGGUGAUGUGAAGGAUAAGUUUGUGGAAGCCAUCGAGGCCCUCCCGCUUGCCAACACGCCCGAAGUGUUUGGCCUUCACUCCAACGCCGAGAUCGGCUACUACACGCAGGCGGCGCGAGACAUGUGGGCGCACCUGCUGGAGCUGCAGCCUCAGACGGGGGAAUCCAGCAGCGGCGUCAGCCGCGAUGAUUACAUUGGCCAAGUGGCCAAGGACAUAGAGAACAAGAUGCCCAAGCUCUUCGACUUGGACCUGGUCAGGAAGCACCUGGGCGCCGUGAUCUCGCCCACGUCCGUGGUGCUGCUGCAGGAGCUGGAGCGCUUCAACAAGCUCCUGAGGCGCAUGACCAAGUCUCUGGCCGAGCUGCAGAGGGCCUUGGCUGGAGAAGUUGGAAUGAGCAGUGAGUUGGAUGAUGUGGCCAGGGCUCUCUUUAUUGGGAGUAUCCCUAACAUCUGGAGAAAGCUGGCCCCCGACACCUUGAAGACCCUUGGAAACUGGAUGGUCUACUUCCUGCGGCGGUUCAGCCAGUACACGCUGUGGGUCACCGAGAGCGAGCCCAGCGUGAUGUGGCUCUCGGGGCUGCACAUCCCGGAGUCCUACCUCACGGCCCUGGUGCAGGCCACCUGCCGGAAGAACGGCUGGCCUCUGGACCGUUCCACCUUGUUCACGCAAGUGACCAAGUUCCAAGAUGCAGACGAAGUGAAUGAGCGGGCAGGACAAGGGUGCUUUGUCUCGGGACUGUACCUGGAAGGUGCCGACUGGGACAUAGAGAAGGGGUGUCUGGUCAAGAGCAAACCCAAGGUGCUGGUUGUGGACCUGCCUAUCCUCAAGAUCAUCCCCAUCGAAGCCCAUCGCCUCAAGCUGCAGAAUACCUUCCGGACCCCCGUGUACACCACCUCCAUGAGAAGGAACGCCAUGGGCGUUGGCUUGGUCUUUGAAGCCGAUCUCUUUACCACGAAGCACAUUUCUCACUGGGUGCUACAAGGGGUGUGCCUCACCCUCAAUUCCGACUGACCGCCGGGCAGAGAAGGCUGGACACUGAACCCCAGUCUGGUGGCGGCGGAUGCUCUGGGGACCGGCGGAGGACGGUGAUGUCCGCUGUCAUUUCUUGUGGUCUCUCAAGGGGCAGGAGGGAACUGACAAUGAUCUUCCUUACAUUGGAAAUCAGUUAUUUAAAUCUCUCUUCAUACAAAUUAACCCAAAUGUUUUUUUUAAACUCCUUUCUUUAGGACUCUAUAUAUUCAAAAAGUAAAUACUAGAGAGCA